CUGCCCUGUUCUUCCUGAUCCUCCUCCUCUUAUAAAUACAAGGACAGAGCUGGGGUCCCAGGGAGUCAGGGAGCAAAGAGCCCAGGAGUCCUCAGGCCAGCACUACCUGCACACCUGGAAGAUGAGAAUCCCUGCAGCUGCCCUCUCCUUCCUCAUCCUUUCUGCUGCCCUUGGAACCCUGACCCAUGGAUUCCAGUCCCUUGAGCCCCUGGACCAUGAAUCCAGAAUGGUGGUGCCUCGGUUCGAAAACUUACAUGAAGGCCUUCACCAGCCAAGUGAGUGCUGCUUCUCCUACACCUCACGAAAAAUCCGAUGCGUAUUCAUGGAAGAUUACUUUCAAACGACCGGUGGAUGCUCCCAGCCUGGUGUCAUUUUCAUCAGCAGGAGAGGGCAGCGUGUCUGUGCCAACCCCUUGGAUGGGGGAGUUCAGAAUUGCAUAGAGAACCUGAAUCUGGACCUAGAGGAGAAACUGAAUCUGGACCUAGACAAGAACCUGAAUCUGGACCUAGACAAGAACCCGAAUCUGGACCUAGUCAAGAAACUGAGAACAAUGGCUCGUUGAGAAGGGAUAGCAGGUUCCAGCCACCCAUCUCCACUCUCUCUUACCUCUGGGAGCUUCUUGGCCUGAAUUAUUUUUUCAAAAGCAACAAUUACUGUUCUAUUCUGGUUAUAAAUGCUAUGCACAAUAAAAAGUAUCCAAUUUAACUUUACCUGAUCUUUGAGAGGAAAAA